AUGGAAAAGGGUUUGGUCCUUUGCCCCAUGGACGUCUCCGGCCUCUUCCCACAAGCCUGCCAGCCCCCUGCCAAGGAGGGCCACCCCUCUGGGCCCCCAGUGCCCCCAAGGAGAGCCGGGAAGGUGGCUGUGCGUUUCUCCAAGGCGGAGUGGAGCCUGCUGCGCCCGGCCCAGAGAGCCCUGUACAAGGAAGUCAUGCUGGAGAACUUUGGGAUCGUGGCCUCUCUGGGACCUCAAGUUGCCAAACCUGAACUCAUAUCCUGGCUGGAAGAGGAGGAAGAGCUGAUUCUCUCAGGCUCAGAUGAAGAGGAGGGAUUAACAGCAGGAGGCGUGUGGGAGUCAGCAAAUGACACAAAAGAACAUCCAGUGAUGGUGAAAGAGGAAAUGUAUUCAGAUGGGAAGGAAAAGGCUGAAUAUUUUGAUGGACUGAAGAAGGAAGAGGGAAAAGAUCCGAAUGAAGGGGGGAAUUCUUCCUGUCUAUUAGAGUGGAGUGACUCUAUACAGGAAAACCUAUACCCAGUGCCUGGACCAUAUAAAUGCUUUGAGUGUGGAAAAGGUUUCAGUCAGAGUGGAAAACUUACUAUUCACCAAAGACUUCACACAGGAGAGAAACCAUAUAAAUGCCUAGAGUGUGGGAAAAGCUUCCAUCAGAGUAGAAAUCUUUCUUCCCAUCGAAGAGUUCACACUGGGGAGAAACCAUAUAAGUGCCUAGAGUGUGGGAAAAGUUUCUCUCGGAGUCACAAACUUGCUGUCCAUCAAAAGAUUCACACAGGAGAGAAACCAUAUGAAUGCCUGAAGUGUGGGAAAAGCUUCAGUAAGAGUGGAAAUCUUUCUUCCCAUCAAAGAGUUCAUACUGGGGAGAAACCAUAUAAAUGCCUGGAGUGUGGAAAAGAUUUCUCUCGGAGUGACAGCCUUAAUUCCCAUCAUAGAAUUCACUCAGGGGAGAAACCAUAUAAAUGCUUGAAGUGUGGGAAAAGCUUCAGUUGGAGUAGAGAUCUUACUGUUCAUCAAAGGAUUCACACAGGAGAGAAACCAUAUAAAUGCCUCGAGUGUGGAAAAGGUUUCAUUCAGAGUGGAAAACUUACUAUUCACCAAAGAAUUCACACUGGGGAGAAACCAUAUAAGUGCCUAGAGUGUGGAAAGAACUUCAGUCGUAGUGAUACUCUUACUUCUCAUCAAAGAAUUCACUUAGAGGAGAAGCCAUAUAAAUGCCUGGAGUGUGGGAAAAGUUUCAGUUGGAGUUAUAACCUUACUUCCCACCAAAGGAUUCACACAGGGGAGAAACCCUAUAAAUGCCUGGAUUGUGGGAAAAGUUUCAGUCGGAGUGAUAUGCUUACUUCCCAUCAAAGAGCCCACACAGGCGACAAACCAUAUAAAUGCAUGGAGUGUGGGAAAAGCUUCAGUCAGAGAGGUUACCUUAAUAUACAUAGUAGAAUUCACACAGGGGAAAAACCAUAUAAAUGCCUAGAAUGUGGGAAAAGCUUCAAGGAAAGUGGAAACCUUAGUGUCCAUCAAAGAAUUCACACAGGGGAGAAGCCAUAUAAAUGUCUGGAGUGUGGAAAAAGUUUCAGUCAGAGUGGAAGCCUUUGUUCCCACCAAAGAAUUCACACAGGGGAGAAACCAUAUAAAUGCCUGGAGUGUGGGAAAAGCUUCAGGGAAAGUGGAAAACUUACUAUCCAUCAAAGAAUUCAUACAGGGGAGGAACCAAACAAAUGCUUGGAGAGUGGAAAAAGCUUCAGUGUGCAAGGAUACUUUGCUGUUCAUCAAAGAAUUGACACAGGAGAGAAACCAUACAAAUGCCUAGAAUGUGGAAAAAGCUUCAAGGAAAGUGGAAACCUUAUUGUCCAUCAAAGAAUUCACACAGGGGAGAAGUCCUAUAAAUGCCUGGAGUGUGGAAAAAGCUUCAAUCAAAGUGCACACCUUACUUUCCAUCAAAGAAUUCACACAAGUGAGAAGCCAUAUAAAUGUGAGGAGUGUGGGAAAAGCUUCACUGGGAAAGGAAGCCUUAAUCUCCAUCAAAGAAUCCACACAGGAGACAAAUCAUACACAUGCUUGGAGUGUGGGAAAAGCUUCAAUCGGAGUGGAAACCUUACUUUCCAUCAAAGAAUUCACACAGGUGAGAAGCCAUAUAAAUGCAAGGAGUGUGGGAAAAGCUUCACUGUGAGAGGAAGCCUCAAUCUCCAUCAAAGAAUCCACACAGGAGACAAACCAUACACAUGCUUGGAGUGUGGGAAAAGCUUCAAUCGGAGUGGAAACCUUACUUUCCAUCAAAGAAUUCACACUGGUGAGAAGCCAUAUAAAUGCAAGGAGUGUGGAAAAAGCUUCACUGUGAGAGGAAGCCUUAAUCUCCAUCAAAUAAUCCACACAGGAGACACACCAUACACAUGCCUGGAGUGUGGGAAAAGCUUCAAUAGGAGUGGAAACCUUACUUUCCAUCAAAGAAUUCACACAGGUGAGAAGCCAUAUAAAUGCAAGGAAUGUGGGAAAAGCUUCAGUCGGAGUGGAGAUCUGGCUGUUCAUCAAAGGAUUCACACAGGUGAGAAGCCAUAUAAAUGCAAGAAGUGUGAAAAAAGCUUCAGUCGGAGUGGAGAUUUUGCUGUUCAUCAAAGGAUUCACACAGGUGAGAAGCCAUAUAAAUGUGAGCAGUGUGAAAAAAGCUUCAGUCGGAGUGGAGAUCUUGUUGUUCAUCAAAUAAUUCACACAGGUGAGAAACCAUACAAAUGCUUGGAGUGUGGAAAAAGCUUCAGUGUAAGUGAAAGCCUUCUUCGCCAUCAAAGAAUUCACACAGGGGAGAAACCAUACAAAUGCCUGAAGUGUGGGAAAAGCUUCAGUCAGAGUGCACAUCUUAAUUUCCAUCAAAGAAUUCACCCAGGGUUGAAACCUUAUAAAUGCCUGGAGGAUGGAAAGAGCUUCAGGGACAGUGGAUUGCUUGCUGUUCAUGAAAGAAUUCACACAGGGUAGAAACCAUACAAAUGCCUUGACUGUGGGAAAAGCUUCAAUUAUAGUUCAAAUCUUACUUUCCGUCAAAAAACUUUCAGUCAGAGUGGAAACAUUGCUUCUCAUCAAAGGACUCACAUUGGAGAGAAACCAUAGCAAUGUUCUGAAUGUGGGAAAAUGUUACAUUAAAUCAAACUGACUCCAAAAAUUGAAAAGCAAUAGUAUAAAACAAUAAGCUACAAACAAUAAAUAAUAUAGGAAAACGAGUUAAUGUUCCCCCCGCAGGGAUUAAAACUACAACUGUAUUUCUUGAGCAGAAUUGCAUUUAUGUGCAUUGGGAAGAUUUAUGUGGCGUUAGCCUUGUAUCUUAUCUAGGCUGAGCUGGUACUUAGAAGGGGGUUGUCUUUGCCUUGUGUAAAGUAGCAACUUUCCAGGAAAAGACACUGAACACCACAAGACGUAGAUUUCAUAUAGAUUUAUCCAUUAAGACACGUUCAUGUUAGCCCUACCUUUUGCAUUCACAUGAGAAAU